AUGAGCCUAGUGGUGAAUCCACUCGCUGGUAAAGGAGGUUCAAUUGCUCAUUUGAGCAUUCAAUUGAAUACGCAAGAUGUAUGGGAAUUUGAUGGAGAGCAGCUCCUAGCUACUGUAGAGUUUCCUCAUGACAAAUAUGAGAGACUCAUUAGAGUGUCGCCACAAGCGAGAAAGACUGCUUUAGCCAGGAUCUCACUAAACGAUGCUGGUUUGAUCGGUCCAGAUACUCGUUCCCCAUCUAUUGAGGACCUUGCCGUUCUGGGACCACAAGAAUCAUCCACCUUGGACAUUAACUAUAGUCGCAAUUCUCCCAGCCGACAUGGAAGCAGUCUCAAUGUAGGACGUAAAUCGCCCACCGUUUCUUCAUCCAACCUUCUCAGCCACCAUACCCUUUCACGAUCCGACCUCAAAACUCAAAUGAAGGAACGUGAACAACUUCUAGACCAACUAUGUCGGUCUGCUGCUGCUCUAACAAUACAGGCUUGUUGGAGAGGCUGGAAUACAAAACGGCGAUAUUUUGCCGUUACGAGGCCUGAUGCUACUGUGUCUAGUUAUUGUGGGACUGACGUCUCGGAACGUGAUGUAACCACAAUGCCCAAAGUUGACACUGAGGCAUUACGGCCGCAGAAUAUGUUGAUUUACAAAUAUCAUCGAUAUUGUCAGUAUGUGGAGAGAGCGAGAGAGAGGCAACACAAGCCGAUACUUCCACUGCCCGAUUUCCCACACUUUUGUGCGGCGGUGAUACAGUCGAAAUGGAGGAGUAGGACGCUCAGGAAGAAAUAUAAAAAAAUAUUGGCAAAGAAGCAGAACAUGUCUGCACAAGCCUACCAAAAGCAGAUUCUACACUUACAAUAUGUUUCAAACCUUCACGGAAUGGGUACCGACGCAAUGUCAAUAAUGAAGGAUGAAAGUGCUCGGAAGAUUCAACGAGCAUUCCGUGGUUGGCAGGAUCGACGCGUAUACGCCUUCUACCGAUCCCUCAUACGAAUAAGAGAAGGCAGCCAACCACACCACCUGUUUCGAGUAAUCAAUCCCCGUGAAUCACAUUUGAUUGAUCCAGCAACCGAAAUGCAUAUGAGGUUUCGUCUGGGUGGUAUCGCAUGGCCUCCUGUAGUAUACUACAAGAUUUUCACUCAGCGAGGGAUUGUGGAUUUGGGUAGUUUUGCGCCUCGAGAGUACUUUUCCGAAAGGCUGGAAGAGGAGAGGAGGAAACAUGAUGGUUGGUAUAAACGUGUUGAGAAUAAUGGGUGGAGGCCUGUGUCUGACAAGAUGAUGGACCCAAAACAAGACGACGUUACGCGGUCAACAACUCUCAAGAUGGUUGAAUACCACCACUCCAAGUUAGUAAGACAUCAAGAUGCAGUCAAGAGGAGACGAACCAAGAAGAUUGACUGGCUGAAACAAAUGUACACUCAAGGCAAAGAAAUGCAAGAUCAAGUCUUUGAAUCCAUAAUUCAAGACAUUAUCCAGGACGAGGAAGACGAUGAGUUGCUCAGAUGGACUCAAGUGCUUGACUUUGAUGCGUACUUGCACGACUGGUUGGGCCUUGCAACCACGGGACUCUCAGUUGAAGAACGAUGUAUGCAGCCGUUGCCACAAGAACUUGCUUCAGCAUGUGAGCCACCUUCCGAUCGUGAGGAGCCCUCUCCGUCCGGUGCAAGGCCUUGGAGUGCUGCUACAGUUGGUGACAUUCUCCUCUCUAACAAUAUGUAA